AUGGCACGACCCUAUCCGUCCAUGUUUGCAGUACGCAGUAUGAUGGCGAUUACAAUCUUCUGUUAUCGAACGAUAUUUGGUGACGGUGAGAAGAUUCGGAUUAAUCUCGCUUACCACGACGCAGGAUGCACGCCGUUUGCCGCGGCGCCUUCCGAUCACGGCGGCGCCGGUGACGUCGACCUGCGCACCGACUGCAAGACCUGCCUUGAUCAGUAG